CUAAUCACUGACGGUAAAAUGACGUGUUUGCUGAUCGACCGACCAACACCACUGAGAAAACGUGGAACUCUAGCGAACUACAACAAGGAAACAACGUGUUAACUCAGGGUAUCGUCCUGUUUGGACAUAACAGUUUUGAUCUGAGGAAGUACAGCUAAACACAAAGAAACACAUCCAGCCGUUUGGGAUUCAGCUUGUAUUGUGCUGAGAAUGAAGAGAGAAGUGAGAGCCGGGGUGAACUUUCUGAAAGGUUUGGCAGUGCAGCGAGGAGGUGUAGAUCAAAUUAAAGCCAAACUUUUUGCAUCUAAAUUGCAAGAGCUUCUGCUGGAAAAGUUUACAGGUCACUGGUAUCCAGAUAAUCCCAGCAAAGGGCAGGCGUACAGAUGCAUCAGAAUAAAUGCUAGCCAUCCCUGUGAUGAAUCCGUAUCAAAAGCCUGCAUGGAGAGUGGCUUCAAGUCAAGUGAGCUGGGCUUUCCUCGUGAAAUCACAAUGUGGAUCGACCCCAUGGAGGUCUGUGUCCGGUCUGGAGAGAACGGCAGAUAUUUCACAGUGGCUCAUUUUGAUAAAGUGGAGGAUGAAGAAAAGGACUCGAAUAAUAAUGACACUCUUAGCCAAGUGGAUUCUGUGAAUCUGGAUACAUCAGACUAUCAUUCGGCAAGCUCAUCUGACUGUGGCUCAGCGGUCUCAAGUGAUACAGAAGAGGAGGUGAAAGACAAUAAAUUGAGAAAAGUGCCAGAGAGGACAGCAGAGAGCACACUUUGUACAUCAAGAUCCAAAGCAAGGGAGCCAAAAGGAAGACGCAAGUUUCCUCCAUCUCAGAUCCCUGGCCCGCAGUACUUCUAUAACCCUGCACCGAUGUGGCCCCAGUACAAGAAAAAGAGAGGCAUGUUCUUCACCACUGUCUGCGCACCAGCACCUUCUCCACUGUUUGCAUACUAUGUUCUGCCCAAAGCAGCUCCUCAGUUCAUUGUGCCUCACGCUGCCCUGCAAACCUGGGGGACGGUGAAAGGGUAAAAAGCUCCAAAGCAAUUAGCACAUACACCUAGUACGUGGGCGUUUCUGAAUAAUAUGAAACUUAUCUGCCACUGCAGGGAACUUUAUAGCUUAUCAUAAUGAACUUGAGAUAUAGUGUCAAGCCAACUAUUUAACUUUUGUAUUUAUUUUUUGAUACGCCUUUUGCUUUUAACAUAUUUUAUCAUUAUAUAGGCUUUCUUUAGUUGAGCGAUGCAUUCAAUCUGCUUUUGCACAAAACACUCAGUUAUUACUUUAAUCUUUGGCCUAAGUUAGAUUGCUGCAUACUUGAAUUUUUACUUUUAUUUUUGGAAACUGCAGCUUUUACACCUGCUUGUGUAGAUGCUUUACUAACAUUUUAUUCAAAUGACGUUUGAGAGUUUUCAUGCAAUAUAAUGCAGUGUAAAAACACAUUUUUUUCAAAUAUUACCAGCUGUACCUCAGAAAAUACCAAGCAUUUUAUAAUAUUUCUAUACAAAAAUCAACUCUCACUGAAGCCAGAGGUUUGGAAUUAUUUGCUGCCUGUAGAUUCAGUUCCUGACUAAUGUGAAUUCACCAUUUCAUUUUAAGGAUAAUCCUACCUGCUCAAUAUUUAGAAAGAACUGCAUUAAUAAUAAUAUGCCUUUUAAAAACUAUUUAUGCUAUUCUAUGCACAUGUUUAUCUUUUUUAAAUGGUAAUGUAAUGGUUGAUUUACUGUAAUUUAUUUAAAUACCACUAGGUGGUAGUACACAUUGCCAAAAGCCAUAUUUGUACAUUUCAUCAUCUUCAAUGUUUUGAUUGUACAUAAUAAUUUUCUUUCUGAUCUUGCUGGUGUCUGUUUUCUGAAAACUACAUGUAACAAUUUAUAGCAGGGAUGCCCAAACUUUUUUUACAUGAAGGGCCAAAAAACAAAUAUCACUGAAUUAUUUUACAUUAAAGUUUCCAUGGGUAAUUUCAUAAUUAAUUUUAUAAUAUUUAAAAAUAGAUAGAAAUUAAAAUUAUAACUUUUUGCAAUAAGAUCAUAAACAUUCAUAACACAGUGAAGUUUAACGCUGAAUUCAUUAGUCGAGCAGAAUAUGCCUUUGCCUCUAUCUGUCGGGUAACAGUGUACAUUUUUAAUUAAAUCUGAUUAAAUGAAACCACUUAAAUUGAAACCUUUCAUUUCAGUUUGUGUAGCAAUAUAACAAACAAAUAAAAAAGUUAAUUAAAUUGGAAAUAAAAAUCUCUAAAUCAGGGGUGGCCAAACUUUUUCUUAUGAAGGGCCAAAAUACAAACUUAAUUGAGGCUAGUUGGCCGAAGGUAAAUAUAUUUGCUAUGGGUAAAUUCCUUAUUUAUUUAAAAAUAUUUGAAAAUAACUAGAUAGCAUUGCUUUAUAUUAAUUAAUACGGUACAUAUAUAUAUAUUUAUUUAUUUUUUAAUUUUUUUAUUAUUAUUUUUUUUUUACAUUUUAUACUGAACUUAUUACAGUAAAAACUAAAAAUCUCAUGGAGUUAAGAAUCUAGUUACACUAGUUGUUGCCUUGAUUUGCUUUCCUAUGUCUUCUGCAUAGUCCUCUAUUUGUUGUGACAGUAUUUAUAUUUUUAAAACUCAGAUUUAUUUACAUUUGAAUUAAACAUUUAAUUUCAAUUAGCUUUUUUGUAGCUUCGCAAUAAAACAAACAAACUAAAAAGGGUUAUGUCAAAUUAGGGCUGGGCGAUAAAAUCGGUAUCAGUAUUUAUUGACAGAACACCGUUGUCAAUAUCGAUUUAAAAAAAAAUUGAUCAGAAGUACGCAAGUAAGUUUUGGUAGGACCAGGGCGGGGCCAAGUCGAAGCACUCACUUUGGUCCCCUGGGCUCUGUGAUUGGGAAAUUCCAGAUUGAACCAAAACAAACUUACAAUUGGCUUAAGAUUAGCAGUUAAAGUUCAGGACAUUGCAACCUGCAGAACCAGGGAAAAAAAGAUGUUUGGGUAUGAAGCGCUAUAGUUUUAUUAAUUUGGUUGCUAAGCUUGUCAUGCGUACAUGUGAUAAUUUUUUUUUUUUUUGCAAUAUCGCCUUUCCCUAUGUCUAAUUAGAAAUGACAAUCUCUAUUAAAGACAUUGCCCCAAUCCUUUCUAUUAUUCUCAGAUGGGAUGGUGGGCCAAAUCAAAGGUUACAAUGGGCCAUCUUUAGCCUGCGGGCCCUACUUUGGGCAUCUCUGCUCUAAACCAUUAGCAUCAUUCUCCCUCUCAGAUAGGAUGGCGGGCCAAAUCAAAGGUUACCAUGGGCUUUAUGGUUUAUAGUGUCCUCAUCUCACUGGUGCUUUCAUGAGUUCCAACAAAUUGUUUUAAUAAUUUACAUUUUGUAGAUCUAUUUAAUUUUUAUACAGUAAUUACUUAUUUAAAACUUAGCAUAUUGAAUUUUAACACUGGAACUGAACUUUUUAUAUGCAUUAUUGUUAUAUAAAUUAAUUGUGUGCAGUUUUUUACUAUUACUGGCUUUUGCUCAGUUUUCAACUGUGUAUUUAUAAAUGCUUCCGUUUAGUGUAUUUUGAAAUGUUUUUUUAUGCAGUCACUGUGUAUAUGGCUCCUGCUUCAGCAAAAGGGCAAUGAGAUCUUUUUUCAUGACUAUGUUAAAUCGAUCAGUUACAAAUAUGUAUUUUCUUAAUAAAACUGUGACGGCUUUAAAAAAAAAAUGUUUGUAGAAAUUUAUUUUCACCCACCACAUUUAUUUAAUUCUUGAUUUAUUUAUAUUCUUCACUGACCUAAAAUGUAGAAAUUCUGACUUUAAUCCUUUAAUACUUAUUUAAUCUUUCCAUAAAGUCAGGUAAUUUUGAUGGUCUGGAGAACAGUUUGGAUCUUUAAAGAAUUUUGGAUCUCCAGAACAUCUCUGGAACUCUGAAAAAAUAGAAAUUCUGUCAUCAUUUUUCACUUUUUCCAAACCGGUUUCAAAAUUAGAAUGUUGGUGGCCACCAAUUUUUAAAGUAUUUUAGUUGAUGUUGAUGUUUAAAUGUUGAUGUCUUCAAACAUUCUUCCAAAUAUCAUUUGAUAAAUAAUAAAUAAACAAUCAAAAAAA